GGCUGGUCGACAGAGCAAGUCCCUGGGGAAAACCAAUUUCAUCACGAGACACCUUCAUUAUUUACUUUUCGAUUUUGUUUAAGUGCAGAUAUAAGCUGGCCGGAUAACGGAAAGGCUGAAAUAAAAUGACAGAGCAAGUAAAGGUCACUUACGGCAACAAGUGCAAACUUGUCAACAUAGACAAGGGAAGCUUGGUCAACUCCCGUCGCGAAAUCAAGCGUAAGUUCAGUCAAUUAGGCGAUGGAUUUAUCUUACAAGCCAAGUCUGAUGAGGAACAUUUUGACAUCGAGGACGAUGAUGACUUUGGAGAUCACUCGCAAGCUGUGGUUUUUGUUGUGAGAGAUGCAAGCGAAACUGAUCAGCCAGUGAAUCCGAGACCGCAGCCAACACCAAGGGCCAACAAUGAUCGACAAGUCACUGUCAUAUUUGGUAGCAAGAAAAAGCUGGUCACAUUUGACAUGUUGCGUCUACAGAAAACACGAGACAACAUCCGCAGGAAGUUCACUGAUUUGGAAGAUGAUUUUCAGCUCCUUGCUGAGUCUGGUGAAGCGGGCGACUACUACGACGUUGAUGAUGACGAUGAUUUGAGGACCCAUGCUGAUGCUACGAUGUUUCUUAUUCAAGUUGCUGGAAUGCCUGAUGAAGUAUGCCAAAGCCGAGACCACAACCAGUCAGAAGCGAUGGUUAUUUGCGGCAUUGAACGCAAAUUGGUCAGGAUUGACCGUACGAGAUUGCAGAAAACUCGGGAGAUCAUUUCAGCAAAGUUCAAAAUUGGCGACUUCAGGCUGAGUGGCGUUUCUCCAGAUGGUAUUCAUUACGAAGUAGAUGAUGAACAAGACUGGCUAAAAUACGGGAAUUUCAGGACUUUUAUAAUUAAAUCGAACGACGCCAGUCUGCACUCCCAGUCCAGGGAAUUGGAUUUCCACAGCACUAAUCCACCGCCCCCGUACAGCUUACUCCAAAAUCCUUCUGUUAGGACUGGUAAUACAGGAGUAAAGAGCUUGACCAGGCAGCUCAAUGACCAACUAGAAGUUCAGGCAUCUCAGGCCACACCACUUAAUCCUCGAACAGUGCCUGGCUCGCUUCUAGACAACCUACCUGGACCAGAGACACCUGUCGUAAAAGAUGCCAUCCUUGAUCUUCGAAGUGACAUCGACAUACAAGGGAUACACAGAAAGCUGGAGGUCUUUGGUGACUGUCUCCGCCUGGCUUUCUACGGAGUAGCAGCAGCAAAAAGCAAAGCCAAAACGCAAGUGCAAGAGAUGCAGUUCAACGCCCAGGAGUUGUGCAAAGAAUCCGAUCUUACCAUAAUCCACUGCAAACAGGUUUCAAAAGAGAUACUCAAUCUGUUUAAGAGUGCAAUUGGCUAUAUCUCUGAGGGACAUGUUCAGGUUGCCCAGAAGCAAUUUGGGCGCAUCAGUGAGGUGUCUAAGGAGAUGGAAAUAAAGACGAACGCGUUCAAGUACAGGUUAGUUUCGUUUACCGCUAACGUCCACGAGGUUAUCACAGCAACAACGAACGAGCAGGAGGAUGCCUCGAUGGCGCAUGAGCGUCUUAAAGCUGACGAGGUCAAGCGGAAAGGUGCUAUGCAUACUUUCCCCGGCGCAAAGCCUUCCGCGCUCUCGAAAUUUGCUUCAUUUUUCACGAUCAACAACAAGACCAAAACCAUUCCAAAAGAAACAAUUGAAAAAAAUGACGCCCUGGUCAAAGAGCGCAUUAAACAGCACAUGACAGAAGAAAAGUUCGAAAAUGAUCAGAUGCUUUCAAUGGCUGAUAGGCUGCAAGCGGAAGGUGAUGCUGGUGAGAUGGCAGCUACUGCAUUGCACGGGACCACGACUGCCCUAAAAUCACUUCAUGCCUCCUUCGAAACAGCAGAGAAAUUUUGGAGCAACAUCCACAUGCUGUGUGAGCGGGUUGCUGGCAGCCAUAACAACAUGCACUCUACUGGCCAGGAACAACCAAUCAGUUACUGGCAAUCAAAAGGUUUCCAGGUAGAAGCAACUAACACAUAUGCAAGCUUCAUGGCAUUGUGGACUCUUUGCAACGAUUUCCAUGCCGGCAUGGGCCUGGUCGAGGAAAACAUACAAUGCUGUAUACGGGACAAUCCAACCCCUGAACAAGCAAGGUCAAAGAUCAAGGACAUGGCGGCAACUUUUCAAAAGAAGAUCCAAGAAGAUACGCAGAGACUCAGUCAGCAGUUGACAGACUUCGUUGGCGCAAGGCAGCGCGAGUAUGCAGGAGAGGAGAACCAGGAGAUGGCCUUUGGAACACUGGGGGUGCCAAUGACUGUGGAGGAUGUGUCGCCAGCCUCAACAUUCGAAGAAACGACACUUGCGCAAACAUGACUAGAAGCGUUCGAACCGAAGGUCUCUUCAAAAGGGGUGAAUGAGAAAAUAGUUUUGACAAUUUUCAGGCCGUAAAUCGAUCAACGCUGCAGCCUAAUGACAGGAAUCGUAUACCCCAAUUUUACGAGUCUGCAGAACAAAACAUAUUUUUUGCAAUAAACAAUCGUAUACAGGUAUGGUCUCUGUAGCCACAAACAAGUUCCUUGACAAAUUUUUCAACAAAUAAGUGGGGCUAAUUCUCCAGGGGAACUAAAUUUUCACUAUCCCAAGUUAUCUGGCCAGGUUAUAAGCACUUGGAACAGCUGACAUUGAUAAACCGGUGUUUGAUAGGUGCAUAAUCAGUGCAUAGCUUUUACAGUUGUAUAGUAAUGUAGUUGCUUUUAUUGUAGAUAGACCCAACCCUUUGUAUACGUAGUUAAUCAUGACAACAGUUACUGAAGCACUGAUACCUAAAGUCCUACUGGUGAUACUUUUGGUGAAAUUUACUUUACUUUGAUCUACAUUUUUGCUCCACCCUCGCGGUUUUGUGGUGAUCAAUAUCUCCAUAUCUGUAUCGAUUCCUUAAUUAUGCCAUGCAUGUGCAACGUGCAUGUGCACGUGCAACAACGGUUAGAUCAAGGUCACAGUGUAUAUUGUUUUGAAACAGUGCAUCGCCUUACAGGAAAUAAUAUUUGUUCAUACUUUUUUUUCUCUCCUAAGUGUCAAAGUUGGAAACCUAGGGGUUUUGGUUCUCAGUGCCUCAAUAUGUCAUAAGUUUUAUUUGUUCAACAUCGCAUGCAUGAUUGUUUCACAACUGUGUUUGCAAGGCAAAAUAAAAUGAUGCUAAAAAAUUCUAGGCCGCACGGGUUUGGUGAACAUCUCACUCAAAUCCUAAAAACGUUAACAUUAAUUCAGAGCAAUCAAACCUUUGUCACAUUAACCCAUUACGUUUGGACCAAUUGCUUGUCACAAGGUGCUCGUGACGUAAUUGACGUCGUAGCAAAUCGUGAUCAGUUGAUACGAUGACGUCAUAGACGAUCACCGACAGGAAAAUCUUGCUUCUCGUUUAGUUAUAUAGAUAGGUGACAUUUACACGAAAGAUGUUGGAGUUCAAAUUGGGCUUGUUGCCAGCACUAAUAAAACGUCGUCGGUGUGACGUCGUACCCGAUCGAUGAAUCGAUUUCUUCGCCUGGCGAUCUCGGAUGAAAGGACACUUUAUUGCUCAAUUGAUGUUCGUUUUUGUUUGGUUCUAAGAAUCGUAACCGAUUUUGUAAAUAUCUAUUGCACUAACUAGUAAAUACCCGAUCGUAGAACGGGUCUAGUCGAAUAACGUAUUUUUGGGAUCCAAAUACGUUGGUCUUGAAUAUUACAUCAAAAAUAUGUACAGUAUGUACACUCUGGUAGCAAUGUAUAAUGACAUCAUGUUCCAGAUUUACCUGAAUAUCUGGGAAGAUAUUGGAUAGUUCUGGCUCAAAAACAUGUCAUGUAUUGCCUUGUAAUGUUGUUUCGAAAAUCACCGCCCGUUUUGAUCGUUUUGAGUAAAAUAUCAUGAAAAUAUCACAUUUUCAAAAUAGCAAGGCCAAAUAUAAUUUUUAAGUCCUGAAAAAGGUCCACCUCCAAGAAGUAAUGUCUUAAAGGGAAAAUAUACGCACCAGCUAGGCAGGCAAGAUAAAGUUAAACAAAACCGCCAAUAGGGGUCUCUCACAUCUCACAGUAGGUCAAAAUGAUUUACGCUUGUACGAGGAAUAUAUUUAGUGCUGAGUCUGACAUGACCAAGGGGCGUUACUGUGUAUAUUAAUCACCUGAAGAUGGCCAAAUUAGUCCCUCUCCUCCUGUCUCUAGUCCCCCUUUAAGACUGUUUUAUGUACUGAUUGAUUUGAAGACUUUCUGUGAAAGCAGUUGAUAAUACUUUCAGACACAUCGUCGAUGAUUUCACGAAGUGACCAGUCCGCAAUUUUUCUAAAAUUGAGAUAACAGCGCCAUCUGAGCUGUACUUGCCAUGUCCACUUACACACCAAUUAUCAUGGUGAUAUUCAAAGCCAUUGUCAAUUCUAUAACGCUUUACCCUCUAUUCAUGCAUUUCGUGCCAUUAACUCUUUCAUAUGUAAUGUACAGAGUCAUUCAAACUGCAUGUAUAAGGAAUCUUUGAGUGGAGCUUUCUCAAAAUUGAUCAUUUUCUGAUUGGUCACUUCCUGAAAUGAUCAACGACAUAAGGUAAAUUCACAUGGCUUUUGUCAAAUGAAGUUCGAUCAAGACGAGUGACGAAGUUCAUUAUUCUUGCUUCGAUUUAAGAGGCACAGGAACUGUAGCUUAUGUAUCUUUGUAUAUCGGGUGGCUCGCAAAAGCUGAGUACCCUACUUAAAAUCAAACUGUAAUGAUAUUCUCAACCGUGAGGUAUGUUCCAUAUUUUUGUUGGCCACCCGAUAUAUCGCAUGUAUGUAAAUAUCAUUCUUGUCACUAAUUCAAAUCAGAAUCGUUUACAUACAUAAUUUGUAACAUGCCCCAAGGGCUUAUGUAAUUUAA